AAAGGAGAAGAAAUCGCUCUGCUCCUCCGCCGCGUAAUUAGCAAAAUUCAUGUUCUAUUUUCUAACAUGUUUUCCACUAUAAAUAAAAAUAGAUGCAAAAAUUACAAAGACCAAAUAAUAAUACAUGCACACACAAACUUAUAAUAUAUAUUGAAGAGAUAAUUAAAUAAAUAUUUUUUUUUAAAAAAUGGCAAGCAUGGCAUUUACCAGUUCCCUCACAAGACUCCAAGCUACCAACACAUUUUCAAUCUUCCUUCGUAAACCUUGGACGAACUCCAUGGUUUCGACUCGUGCUUCACCCUCACUUUCUUCGGGGAAUAGACGUAGUUAUGGUGCAAUGGCAUACGAUGAGGCUGCUGAGGCAGCUAAGAAAGGCCGCGACGCUGCUAAGAAGGGUGUCGACGCGGCCGUGAAAGGUGGCCAACAAAUCAAACAAGAGGCCGCCGCCGCCGCAGAUAACGCGGGUAAUAAAGUGGGAGACAUCGCCGGAAAGGUGUCGGAGACGGCUCAAGAUGCGGCGGGGAAGGCGAAGCAAGUGGCGCAGGAUGCCGCCGGAAAAGUGAAGGAAACGGCGGAGGGUGCGUGGGACUCCGUUAAGGAAACCACCCAGAAGAUUAAAGACACGGUGGCCGGCAAGGCGGAGGCUACCGCCGACGCCGCUAAAGACACCGUCAAGGAUGGAGCUGCUAAAAUUGACCGCAACAUCAACUCUAAGAUUUAA